AGAUUUAAAAAGGCUGCAAAGUGUGUACAAAAACUAAACAGUUACACAGACACAGACCCCAUGCUUAUGUUAUGCUUGAGCUUUUGUAAUUUAUUCGAAAAUACAGUUUUGAACUAUUCAUGAUUUAUACCUGUAUAUAAUAACUAGGCUAACCAAACACUUAACACACACUCUACUGAGUGCAAAAUUGUGUACAUACAUUGAUUAUCAAUAGUGCAUGUUAGACACAAUCAUGGAGAGCGAUGAUGUAUUGUUUUGGUCAAAAGCAACGGGAACAUUCCUGGUUUCAUCAGCCUUGCUUUACAUCGCAUGGAAAAAAAUGAAAAGCAAAGCGCCUAAUAAGAUCCACCCACCAGAUACAGUGAUAGUUCAUCAUCUUGGCCGAGGACCAUAUGCACCUAGUUUGACACCAUAUGGUAUUAAAUUAGAAACGUACCUGCGAAUGGCAAAAAUUCCAUAUAAAAAUGAGCACGGGUCCGCUUCUAGCAAAAAAGGAAAAUACCCAUGGAUUGAAUACAAUGGAGAAUGUUUAUCAGAUACUGAAUUUUGUAUAGAAUUUUUGAAUGAUAAACGAGGAAUCGAUCUAGACAAAGACUUUACAGUAAUGGAAAGGGGAACAGCAAGAGCUUUCCAGAAAAUGUUAGAAGAAAACACUUACUGGGCAUUUGCACUGGAUAGAUGGGUAUAUAAUGUUUGGGAAGCUUGUACAGCCAUGAAAGUUCCAUCAUUAGCUGGUUAUUAUGUUAGACGUCAAGUGAGGAAUAAUACGCAUGCCCAUGGUAUUGGACGACAUAGUUCAGAUGAGGUGUAUCAUAUAAUGGAGCUUGAUUUAAAGGCCCUCUCAGACUUCUUAGGUAGUAAAAAGUUUCUGCUCGGAGACAAGCCAUGCCAGGCAGACUGUAGUGUGUUUGGUAUUAUUGGUAAUGCUUACUGCCAAUCGUUCGGCAGUCCAGUAGAAUCAGCAGUCAAAAAAUAUAGGAACUUGUGUGAUUAUUGUGAAAGGAUGAAACAGACAUUCUGGCCUGACUGGGACGAAUGCAUUACCCAUGGACAUACAAAAGAGGCAACCAAAUAAUUACGUGUGUAAUGCGCUUGUCUGCUUGCUUGCACAGGGUAUCAUAAAAACAUGGAAAUACAAUUAUUGCAUUACAUCAUAGUUUAGGUGUACAUAAUUGUUUUUGUAGCAAUUUUUUGUAUUUUGUUAAACUGUCAUUACACAUAUCUUUAUAAUAAAAAUAAAACUUA